AUGAGUUCUCGUGUUGUCAUUGUCUUCACCGCUACGAUGUCUCUUUCUCCGGAGUCUUAUAUCCUUGCCACCUAUUACUCCUGGAAACCCACACGAGUUGAUCCCAAAUUUUCUUCCACUCUUCCCGAACGUGGAAGGGGAAAACCACACAACACAACUUGCACGACGGCCAAUGGUAUUCCAAGGAAUAUGUUAGAAGGUCAUUUUCGAGGACGUGUUGAGGACGUCUCGGUUGUCGACCCUUCGACGCAACGAUCUGGACAGUCUUGGGAGGCUCGCAACGCACCACUUGGCUUUGGCGGAAACGCACGCAAUUCAAAGUUUGAGCCGACAGGAACGGCAGCUUCUAGCGUCAGUCUCAGCCCAACCUCAGCCCAGCCCAGUUUAUCCUCGAGUCUUGUUACUACGGUUUCGUUGCGUCAAGGCCACCGAGCAACCGAAACCUCCACACAUCUUCCACAUGUCAACCAUCGUCUGGCGACGCUCGCCCAAGAUGAAAGACACCAAAUCUGUCAAGCACAGGUUACGGUCAACGGGCUUGAGAUUCCAGACCGCGGCGCUCAUAAGAACGCUGCGCAUCAGCGGGAGAAUAUACCGAGCAGUUGUAUUCCCGAUUCGUCUUAUACAGAUGGAGAAGAGGACAUCCCAAGCACCGCCCCUGUCCGAAAGAGACAGUCGAACAACGCGCUAAUAUCGAACGCCCUCCAAGCCCACAAAAGAUCGAGACAGCCCAAGAGUAAUGUUCCUACUCUCACAAAUGCCCGGUCAGAAUAUGCAUGGAUGGCAGUCAAUUCGGCUGCGGUGAUGACUGGCGGAGCAGCCGCCGUGAAGUCCACGAACCUGGCCGUCGUGACUUCACGACCACCGGCUCAACGAUUUACGACCAAAUGCGAAGUCUGCACGACAUGCAGCACCAUACGCAGGCUAGACUGCGACGACCGCUACACCCCAACCGUUCUAGCAGGAGUUAAAACCUGUCAGACAUGCAAACAGAGCGACGUUGAAUGUUUUAACUCAACCAAUGCGCGGAGAGGCCUGGCGCUCACACAGCCUGAUAGUCAUUGGCCAAAUCGGACACCUCUCCAAGAAACCGACCAUGAUAGCCGGCGGGGGUCCCAACCUGAGGGCCAGGCCAUGCCGAAAUUGGUUUACGAUGAGACUCUAUAUGGCGUAGACGACUGA